AUGGCUGGAGAUGAUGCUCACGUAAAGGACCAGGCAAGAGCCUUCUGGGGACCUCUUGUCGACACGCGGUUCUCAGGAAUCCCUGCUCGAAAUACGACUACUGCGGGAUCUUGGGCAGAUGCAGAGCUUGAGGUGCUCGACGAGAUAGUCAUUCGUGCUCGUAAGCUACGCAACCGUCGCGUAGGCACUGGGAGGCUGCCGUCCGACGUGCUCGCGUCAAUAUUUCUGCUUGUUCGCGAUGGCUGGCCUCCUUCCCGCCUGUUCAAGAACGGCCAAGUCCGGUUUUGCUCAGGCUGGAUGUCUCUUACCCACGUUUCUAGUCAGUGGCGCGAUGUAUCGUUGGGAGCUCCGAGUCUGUGGGCGAAGCACAGCGAUGUUCUUGAUACGCCCCUGGAAUACCUUCCGCUCGUCCUAUCGCGCUCCAAGCGUCAUCCUCUCGAGAUAGUGGUUGACAUCGAGGAAAGCUCCAUGCAAGCGGAUAUCGAAUUGGGCCGAGGACGAACACAGGAGUAUGACGAAGGGCUAUUCAAUCUCGCACAGGGCUGGCUCUGUCAAUCUGUCGCUCUUCGUGCCAGGGAUUUGUCCAUCGGCGGCUGCAAUUUUGCAGUGCUAGAAACCCUUGCAUCAAUUGCUCCACAUCUAUCCAAUCUACGCCAGCUGUGCAUAUCCUCGUGGGAAAAUACCCCUCUUGAGCUCCCGGCCCCCCUUGCCAACUUAUCCCAUCUCGAGAUAUUGGCAACGACUGCAAUGUACACGGAAUGGACCUCCCCCAUCUUCUCUGAUCAUUUAACCAAGCUCGACCUGACGUUUUCGGACGAGUGGCUCCGUGAACGAGAACGACUGAUCUCCUUCGAGGAGCUUCAUGCUCUGAUGGGCCGAAUGCAAUCGUUGCAGCAUCUGGAUCUUACGGACCUCAUACCGAUUGGACCCAGUCAAGAGAUACGCCUACCCUCGAGCACGCAGAUCUUCACGUACAAGACCGAGGCGUACUACUCUUCUGACCGAUUCGCGCAAUCUCUCCGGCUUCUAGCCAACAUCAAAUGCUCCGCGACCUGUACCCGAUUCAUGCGACUAUGCUUGUACGGUGGCGUCAAUACUUUAUCUGACAUGGAAAGGGCUCUUGUCGAACAUUGUCUGCGAACCACGACCACUUUCCAGUCUUGCACGACGCGCGAGAUCUACCUAUACAGCAAAGGAGUGUCUGCGUUGGCGGUUGAAGGCGAUAUCAUUAUGUGGUCACCGGUCUCGUUGCCACAACCCUUCACCCAUGCAAUGCACUAUGGUUCGUAUCACGGCCCUCAUCUUUCCCAUCUCGACAUCAACGGACUCAACAUGCGUGGCUUCCUCGACGCCAUGAACAUCGAAGAGACGCGCGUCGCCACCUUACCCCGGCGCCUCUUCCUCGAGCACCCCGCCUUCGUUCAGCUUUCGUUGCGGACGCCAGCCCUACAAAGACUUGGAUUUUCCCUCUCCAACUCGUCAGUUCUUCUGCACUCCAUGAUGGACACGCUGGACGGCCGUUUCACGGUGUUCCCUCUACUCGAGAUCAUCGUCUUACACGGAAUCGACGAAACGAACGCAAACGAUGCCGACUUCAUCCCUGAGUUGACCGCCUUGGUGGGCUUAGUUCAUCUUCGAAAGGAUGAGGGUGCGCCGCUGCGGGAGAUAGUUAUAUCAAAGACCGCAGGAGCAUGGGGCAUCUGGGGUUCUUUGCGAGAAGAGAUCACUAUCACGUUCGCAUAA